AAUGACUCUUCUCUGGCUUUGAAACGUCUUCGUUCCCAAUGAGUUGUCUGAAUCGUUCGCGGCUACUUAUCAAGUCCUUGAUAAGCAGACCACCGUCUCUCGCCUCCGCGUUUUCUUCCUCCGCCGUCAUGAACGGACUCGAAACACACAAGACUAAGCUCUGCAUCGUCGGAAGCGGCCCCGCCGCACACACCGCCGCUAUCUACGCCGCCAGAGCCGAGCUUAACCCUCUCCUCUUCGAAGGAUGGAUGGCCAACGACAUCGCUCCGGGAGGCCAGCUAACAACCACCACCGACGUCGAGAACUUCCCCGGAUUCCCGGACGGCAUCCUCGGCGCAGACCUAACCGACAACUUCCGCCGCCAAUCGGAGCGGUUCGGCGCCAAAAUCUUCACCGAGACGGUGACCAAAGUCGACUUCUCCUCCAAGCCGCUCAAGCUCUUCACCGACUCCAGAGCCGUGAUCGCCGACGCCGUGAUCCUCGCCACCGGAGCCGUCGCGAAACGCCUCACCUUCCCCGGCUCCGGCGAUGGCUCCGGCGAUGGCUCCGGCGGAGGCUUCUGGAACCGCGGGAUCUCGGCGUGCGCGGUCUGCGACGGAGCGGCGCCGAUAUUCCGCGGCAAGGCUCUGGCGGUGAUCGGCGGCGGCGACUCGGCGAUGGAGGAGGCGAGUUUUCUGACCAAGUAUGGAUCUAAGGUGAGUAUUAUACAUAGGAGAGAUGCGUUCAGAGCGUCUAAGAUUAUGCAGCAGAGAGUUUUUGCGAAUCCGAAGAUCGAUGUGGUGUGGAACUCGACGGUUGUGGAGGCUUAUGGAGACGGGGUGCUUGGAGGGUUGAAGGUGAAGAAUGUGGUUACUGGUGACGUGGAGGAUUUGAGAGUGAGUGGGUUGUUUUUCGCUAUUGGUCAUGAGCCGGCUACGAGGUUUUUGGAUGGUGCGGUUGAGUUGGAUUCGGAUGGGUAUGUGGUGACGAAGGCUGGGAGUACGGAGACUAGCGUUGCUGGAGUUUUUGCGGCGGGGGAUGUUCAGGAUAAGAAGUAUAGGCAGGCGGUUACAGCUGCUGGAACUGGAUGCAUGGCAGCGUUGGAUGCGGAGCACUACUUACAGGAGAUUGGAUCGCAGCAAGGUAAGAGCGAUUGAAGAAAUGCUCAAAUAAGGCUUUGGUCAUAGAGCCAACAGUUGAUCUCUGAUUGAUCAUUUUAGCAUUAGUUUAGGGACUUUGAUUUGUUUAUUUCUUAAUACUGCAGUUGGAGUUGAGUAUCGGAUGUUGUUCAAAGCUGUAGCUCUAAUGUUAAACUAGCUACGAGCCUACCACAAAAAAGUCCAUUAGAUUGGAUUCUCAUAUUAUGCAUUUCAAUUCAUAA